AUGGGAACCAGAGCCUUUUUCCACCACAGAGAGGAGGAGCAGAAGGAGGAGAGGAAACACAGCUUGGAAAUGAGCUCCACAACCACGAAAAAAAGGUUUAAAACCAGUGAGGAAGAGGAGACCUUCAGCCUUUCAGACCUGUCGAUAGCAGCUGCCCUUGCCUUGACCUCUGAAAGAGCUCAUUCCAGGGAGUACAACCUGAGAAGGGAAGCUGAGCUCCUGGAGCUGGAACAGAGGGGGCAGAAGAGGACUCGUUUUGGGAAUGACAUGGAGAAGAUGGAAGAGGAGCUCAUCAGGAUCUGCAGGCAGCUCCGAGUGAGGGCUGACAGGAAGGGCCUGCGCAGGAAGGCUCUGCACAAGGCCUGCCUGCAGAAGGAGCUGCUGGAGCUGCGCGCGGCGCGGGCGCCCCUGCUCUGGAUCCCGCUGCGGGCACACGCCGUCUGGGAGAGCAUGGAUGUCACCCUGGCAUGCACCGCCCUGGGCAGCCCCCUGCCACAGGCCACCUGGUAUAAAAACGGAAUCCCCAUCGAUCCCCGCCGAGCCCCAGCAGGAAAAUACAAGAUGAAAAAUCAGUUUGGGAUGCUGACCCUGCACAUCAGCAGAUGCUCCAUGGAAGAUUCUGCUGAGUACAGUGUGGAGUUGAAGAAUCCAUAUGGUGAAGCUUAUUCCUUUGCUACAGUGCUUGUCAGGAAAUAUUAUGGAAAGGCGUCAGGAUUUGAUUCAGAAAUCUACAAAAGAUCCCUUCUGGCCAGAGAGGCAGAUUUUGCUUUUCCACUGAAACCCUUAUUUGCAAGAGAAAAGGAGCCUUUCACCCUCUCCUGUUACUUCUCCUCUGAUUUACUGGAGCACCAAGGAGGCAUCACCUGGUUCAGAGAUGGGGAGCUGCUGCAGGACUCAGAGGGUCAGGAGCUGAGGUGCCAGGGGUCUGAGGCAUCUCUGACAGUGCUGUGUGCUCACAAGGAGGACGAGGGCUUCUACACCAUCCGUGUCCCCUCGCUGCAGGGAUACAAGGAGCAGACCACUUAUGUGUUUGUCAGAGAUGCUGCAGCACUGACAGCUGGUGCCCCAGGAUCCCCCCUCAACGUGAGGUGCCACGAUGUGAACAAAGACUGCCUGGUCCUUUCCUGGGUAGCACCCAGCGAUGAUGGAGGAAGCCCCAUCCUGGGCUACCUCAUUGAAAGGUGUGAGGCUGGCUCGGAGCAGUGGGUGCAGUGCAGUGCCCAGCCUGUGAGGGGCUGCAGGUGCCCAGUGCUGGGCCUGGCAGAGGGACACACGUACCAGUUCCGGGUCAAGGCUGUCAACAAGGCUGGCACCAGCCACCCUUCAAGGGCCAGUGACCCUGUCACCACCCAGGACUCCAGCAGGGACAAGAGAGUGACAGUGAUUCCAUAUGAUCAGGGCAGGACCAUAGAAAUAUCCAAGGAUGACCUGGAGGGACACAUUAAAAUUCCCUUGCCACCCACCAAUGUCCGUGCAAGUGAGGUCAGAGAGGAUUAUGUGGCUUUGGCCUGGGAUGAACCAGAUCCAAGAGGCAGAGAGCCACUGAAUUACUAUGUGGAAAAGUGUCUCGUAGGCAGCAGCUCCUGGCAGAUGGUGAACCUGGAGACGCCUGCGAAUUCCCCAAGAUUUGCACUCUUCGGGCUGGAGAAGGGAAAAUCCUUCCGGUUCCGCGUGCGCUCCGUCAACAAGUUCGGCAUCAGCGAUCCCUCGGUGCCCAGCGCGCCCGUCCCCGCCGGGACACAGCCCGCUCCUCCACCUCCACCAUCUCAGGUUUUGGCCUUCAGAGACACCAAGACAUCUGUUGUUGUGCAGUGGGACAAGCCCAAGGAGGGCCCAGAGCCCCUUGGGUAUUACAUCUACUGCCGGGAGACGGGCACGGAGCAGUGGCAAACAGUCAAUAACAAACCAGUGACAGGCAGCCAAUUUACUGUUCCUGGGCUGCAGCCUGGAAAGGAAUAUGUGUUUUGUGUGAAAUCUGUCAGUGAUGCAGGACUGAGUGAGAGCUCACCAGAAACAGAUCCCAUCGUUGUCAGGCCAGCAAUUGCCUGUCCCUCGGCCCCUCGGGACUUUGUGCUGCUGCACUGUGGCAAGGCUGAGAUGACCAUUGGCUGGAAAGCCCCGAAGCACAAAGGAGGAACAAAGAUCCUGGGAUAUUUCCUGGACCAGCACGAGCACUCGGAGCCCGAGUGGCACGAAGUCAACGCUCGGCCGAUUCCUGGGCGCGUCUGCACGGUCAGCAGCCUGCAGGAGGGGCACCUGUACGAGUUCCGUGCCCGUGCCGUGAACAGGGCUGGAGUUGGGGACGUGUCCGAGCCCAGUGACCUGUUCAGAUGUGAGGAAUGGACAAUGCCAGAGCCAGGCCCUCCUUACGAUGUCAGGUGCACGGAGGUGAGGGACUCCUCCCUGCAGCUGCACUGGGAAGCUCCUCUGUACCUGGGGGCAGGGCCGGUCACAGGCUAUUUCAUAGACCUGUGUGAAGAAGGCUCAGAAGAGUGGAAACAGAUGAACAAGCAGCCCACAGCCAGCACCCACAUGAAGGUGUCACACCUGGAAACAGGCAAGUGCUACAUUUUCCGAGUACGAGCGCUGAACAAGGCUGGAGUUGGACCCCCUUCCCUCCCCUCCGACCCCGUGGUGGCUAAAACCAAACCUGGCACAAAUGAAAUUGAAGUCGGGGUGGAUGAAGAGGGUUUCAUUUACAUGGCCUUUGAAGCUCCUGAGAAGAAUGACUCCUCUGAAUUUAUCUGGUCAAAGGACUAUGAGGGACCUCCAGACCCUGACCGAGUCCAGAUUGAAGAGAAAGGCAAUAGAUCAAAACUGAUACUGAAAGAACCCUCAGAAAAGGACCUGGGUGUGUAUUCGGUGGAAGUCACAGAUGUAGAUGAUGAUAUCUCUGCCAGCUGCACUUUAACAAAAGAAGAUCUGGACAAGUUAUUGAAACGUAGCCACGAAAUCAGGAACCCACUGAUCAGGCUGAUAUCUGGCUGGAACAUCGACGUCCUGGAGAAAGGGGAAGUGCGGCUGUGGCUGGAGGUGGAGAAGCUGUCCCCGAACGCUGAGCUGCACCUGAUCUUCAACGACAAGGAGCUCACCAGUAGCCCAACACACAAAAUCAACUUUGUGAAAGAGAAAGGUCUCGUGGAACUGAUAAUCCAGGAUUUCUGUGCUGAUGACAAAGGGAUGUACACAGCCCAGCUCAAAGAUGGGAAAGCCAAAAAUCAAUUCACUCUUGCUCUCAUAGAUGAAUCUUUUGCUAAAGUGGCAGAAGAAGCUGAAGCAAAACGGAGACAAUGGAAGAAAAAGCAGGGUCCACAUUUCAUAGAGAACCUGACAUGGAAAGUUUUGGAGAGCUGUGAAGUGCUCCUCACCUGCAAGGCAACAAACCUGAGGAAGGACACCAGCUUCCAGUGGUUCUUCAAUCACAAGGCACGAGCUGCUGGUGGAGUGUUUGAUCCACAGACUGGGAUGGGAACUCUGCAGAUCCCAAAGGUAACCAAAGCAGAUGAGGGCCUGUACAAAGCAGUGGUUUCAGAUAACCGAGGAGAGGACUCCACCCAGCUGGACCUCACCAAAGGAGCCCUUGAGGAGCUUCUGAAGGAGCUGUGCAGGAUCAGUGCUCUUUCUGCCACACCUCUGAGAAUUCAGCCAACUGAGGAGGGCAUCAAAAUCUACACAGAUGUCAAGUACUACACAGACUACAUGAAAACCACCUGGUACCACAAGGAGAAACAACUGGAAAGCCGUGACAGGACGAGAGCUGGGAGCACCAUGAACCAGAUCUGGCUGCACAUCCUGGAGCCCAGGGAGGCUGACAAGGGCAAAUACACCCUGGAGAUGUUCGAUGGCAACAGCUCCCACAAACUGUCAGCAGACCUGGCUGGGCAAGCUUUUGAAGAUGCCCUGGCUGAGCACAAGAGGCUAAAGGAAGCAGCAAUAGCAGAGAAGCGCCGUGCCAGAGUCGUUCAAGGUCUGCCAGAUGUUGCCACCAUCAUGGAGGACAAGACCCUGUGUUUAACUUGUUGUGUGUCUGGAGACCCCUACCCAGAGAUCACCUGGUUCAAAAACGAGAAGGCCAUCGAGUUCAAGGACAGAUACAAGAUGGAUGUGAAGGGCUCAAUGGUCACAAUCACCAUAGAGAGAGUCUGCAAUGAAGACACAGGAAAAUACAGCAUCUAUGUCAAGAAUAAAUAUGGCUCUGAAACAGGGCAGGUCACCAUCAGUGUCUAUAAACACGGGGAGAUCCCAAUAGCAACAGAGCAGGAAGUCCCAGCUGGGAUUACCACAAAAAAGCCAAAAUGA